CUACAGCAGCAGCCGCCUGUGGAUGCGUAGAUCUGUGUGUGUGAGGCCCACAUCAGAUCAGAUCUGAUCAGGUCAGGUCAGCUGUCAUGAGCACCCUCUUGCCACAGCGGCUUGGCGUUGCUGCUGUGGCUGUGAGGAGUCUGAGAAGAGCACCAGCAGCACCAGGUAGGUGCCCACACAAAGGACUGACACAGACACGCAAUCUCUGUCUGUCUGUCUGUGCAGGGCACCAGCUUCAUCAGCAGCUUCGCUUCUUGAGUCUGCAGGAGUAUCAGUCGAAGGACCUCCUUAGGCGAUAUGGCAUCAACGUGCAGAAGGGUCAGUGAGUCGGCCGAGAGGAGGAAACUUUCUUGGUCGCUCUCAUUUCGUUGCCUUGCGUAUCGUUGCAUUGCGUCCACAGGCGCCGUUGCCAGCACGGCUGACGAGGCUUUUGCCGGUAGGUCCGUCCGCACAACCAACGCACACAGACACACACAGAGAGGCAGACACGUGUGUGUGUGUGUGUCAGUUGCCGACCGCCUGAAGCGAGAGGGCGCCACUGAUCUCAUCCUCAAGUGUCAGAUAUUGGCGGGCGGCCGGGGGAAGGGCACACUCACGAGUGGGCUCAGGGGCGGCGUCAAGAUCUGCUCCACGUAGGCAGCGGCAGAGCACACACCAUCGCUGCCGCUGCCUGUGUGUCUGUGUGUCUGUGUUGUGUGUUGAUUUGCGCACAUGUGUGUGGGUGUGGGUGUGGGUGUGUGUGGGUGUGUGCAGGCCGACAGAGGUGCGCGACUUCGCCAAAGACAUGAUUGGCUACCGACUGAUCACACAGCAGACUGACGAACUCGUAAGCGCACACACACACACACACACACAGAGAGAGAGAGAGAGAGAUAGAGAGAAGGGAAGGCAUCUCUGUCUGUCUGUCUGUCUGUGCCCAGGGUGAGGAGGUCAACAAGGUGCUGGUGCAUGAGGGCGUCAACAUCGUCAAGGAGCUCUACCUGGCCAUCGUCCUCGACCGCUCGUACGCCUCGCCCGUCAUCGUGGCCAGCACACAGGGCGGCAUGGACAUCGAACAGGUCGCCGAGACCGACCCUGACGCCAUCCACGUGGUACGGUACCAGUCAUGGCUCUCGCCCCUCACACACACACAUGGAUGGAUGGAUGGAUGCUUUGCGUGUUCUGGUCGUCAGCGGCCGAUUGACAUCGAUACUGGCGUGUCCGACAAUGACGCGCGAGCCAUCGCGCUUGCUCUCGGCUUCGACGACUCGUGUGUGCCAAAGGUCGGUCAGCCACCCACCAAUCCCUGACACACGUGACACGAGUGUGCGUGUGUGUGUGGUGGGAGUUUAGGUGUCGCAGCAGCUCAAGCGGCUCUACGAGCUGUUUGUGGCGUGCGACGCCACGCAGGUGGAGAUCAACCCUUUCGCCAUUACUGACGUGGCGCCCGAUGCCGUCAUGUGUGUGGAUGCCAAGAUCGCCUUCGACGACUCGGCCAAGUACCGGCAGCAGGAGCUCUUCUCGAUGGAAGGUGCCUGCCUCAGUGUGUGUGGGGGGGGGGGGCUUGCGGCAGUGCAUCGACCUGUCUGUGUGUCUGUGUUGGUGGCAGAUGAGUCGCUGAUGGACCCUAGGGAAGCUGCCGCACACAAGGCUGGUAUGGCACACACACACAGAGAGGCAUGCAAUCGGACCUCUCAGCCAGGGUGAGAAGGGCCCUUUUGUGUGUGUGUGUGUGUGUGUGUGUGCAGGUCUGAACUACAUCGGCCUUGACGGCAACAUUGGCUGCCUCGGUACCUGUCGACACACCCACACACAUCGACACACACAUCCAUCCAUCCAUCCACUAUCUCAUUCUCUCAUUCAGUCAACGGCGCUGGGCUCGCCAUGGCCACCAUGGACAUCAUCAAAUUGGUACCUACCACACACACACACAGUCACCCAACACACACGCCCCCAUGUGUGUAUCUGUGUGUUUGUGUGUGUGGUUAUGAACUGAAAAGCACGGCGGCUCCCCGGCGAACUUUCUCGACGUCGGCGGUGCGCAGACAGAUACCCUUACACACAACACACAGCACACACAUACACGAGAGGGCGUCUCUGUGUGUGUGUGCGUGUGUAGGUGGCGCCAACCGCCAGCAGGUGGCUGAGGCCUUCCGCAUCCUGCAGGCUGACGAUAAGGUCCACUGACACAUCCGUCCAUCCAUGUGUGUGUUUCCAUCUGUGUAUGUGUGUGUGUGUGUGUGUGUGGACAGGUUCGUUCGAUCCUGGUCAACAUCUUCGGCGGCAUUAUGCGGUGCGACCUCAUUGCGGAGGGGAUUGUGCAGGCCGCCGAAGAGGUAGGGCAGAUCUCUCACACACACCACACAGUCUCCCCCUCUCUCUCUCUCUCUGUGUGUGUGUGUGUGUGUGUGUGUCUCAGGUAGAGCUGAAGAUCCCUCUCGUCGUGCGGCUGAACGGUGCGCACGCUUCUUUCUUUGCCCAUUUGCUUUGUGUGUGCAUUUGGUGCGUGUGUGGUGUGGUGUGGUGUGUGUGGUGUGUGCAGGGACGAAUGUCGAGAAGGGCCGGAGGAUCAUCGCCGAGAGGAUGGUCAACACAGACAAAAAGAUCGACAUCCAGGCAAGUCAAAUCAAGCCUCCCACACAGACACACACACACACACAUCUCUCUCUCACUCUCUCUCUCUCUGUGUGUGUGUGUGUGACUAAGGUGAUUGACGACUUUGAGGAGGCCGCCAAGGCCGCGUGCGCCACCAUCCAGUCAGACGUGACAUGAGAAGAACUACGAUCCAUGCCUGUGUGUGGGUGGGUGUAGGUGCGUGUUGCUAUCCAACUAAGCCAUACAGUGCACUAGAGCAGACACACUAGGCCGUCCAUCCACACCUACACACCUAUGUCUGUCUGUCUGUCUUUAUGUCCAUGAGGACGUGAUGAGCUGAGAGAUUUUUCACCCCCUGUCUGUCGGUCGGUCUGCCUGUCUGUCUGGGCGAGCCUGCCUGGCUUCAGUGUACAGUUUGUGUCUGAGUAUUUUUCCCUACGGGACGAGUCUGUGUUUGUGUCAAUUUCCUCCUCUCGACGUUCUUCUCUACGAGUGGUGCGUGUGGAUGUAGGUGUAGAGACGGACAGACAGACGGUGGAUACUUGGUGCUGAUCAUCAACAAGAUAGAUAGAUGUGUUGA